AUGAAUGGUAUAUCAAACGCACUAAACGGGUUAUACGAUAUCUCUGGUGUGGAAGUAGGCCAACAUUUCUAUUGGCAAAUAGCAGGUUUCCAAGUCCAUGCCCAAGUACUUAUUACCUCUUGGGUUGUAAUUGCUAUCUUAUUAGGUUCCGCCGUUAUCGCUGUUCGGAAUCCACAAACCAUUCCAACCGCCGGUCAAAAUUUCUUCGAAUAUGUUCUUGAAUUCAUUCGAGACGUAAGCAAAACUCAGAUUGGAGAAGAAUAUGGUCCAUGGGUUCCCUUUAUUGGAACUAUGUUUCUAUUUAUUUUUGUUUCUAACUGGUCGGGUGCUCUGUUACCUUGGAAAAUCAUACAAUUACCUCAUGGAGAGUUAGCCGCACCCACGAAUGAUAUAAAUACUACUGUUGCUUUAGCUUUACUCACGUCAGUAGCAUAUUUCUAUGCGGGUCUUUCAAAAAAAGGAUUGGGGUAUUUCAGUAAAUACAUUCAACCCACUCCAAUUCUUUUACCUAUUAACAUUUUAGAGGAUUUCACAAAACCCUUAUCACUUAGUUUUCGACUUUUCGGGAAUAUAUUAGCUGAUGAAUUAGUAGUUGUUGUUCUUGUUUCUUUAGUACCUUCAGUCGUCCCUAUACCUGUCAUGUUCCUUGGAUUAUUUACAAGUGGGAUUCAAGCUCUUAUUUUUGCAACUUUAGCUGCGGCUUAUAUAGGCGAAUCCAUGGAGGGUCAUCAUUGACUAGUUUUUGUUUUUGAAAUAGUCUAGCCCUUUUUUAGCUUAGCUUGGUCCAAUCCAAUGUAUGCGCAACUCAAGAUAAUCUACUUACUUAGGGACCAUAAAUAUACAAAUACGACGAUCUAGAGUAAUAACAAAAAAGAUUACGAUAUUAGAGAAUUGUAAUAAAAAAAGGAAAGAGAUCUAAUUGAAAAGAUCUUUUUCCUAAAAUUCAGGGUUGGUCCAUUUUUUUUAUUACUUAUAUUUAUAUCAUAUUUACCUUCGAUCAAUAUUAUCCGAUCAAUAUUAUCUUUAUCUUGAUAUUGUUUUUGUUUAUUCAAUUUCAAUAUUAUGAGUCCUAAUUAGAAUAGGAAUUCUUAUGGUAUCAAUUUAGGGUCUAUGAUUUUAAAAAAGCUGUUCUUUAUAUAGAUAUAGAAUGAUUCCCAUUUCAGUCGAUUUCUUCAUUCAAUUCAAUGAUUGACCAAAAGAAAUUUUUUUUUUCAUAAAUAAUAAAAUAAAUUGCAUGAACUUAGCUCAAUCAAAUACUGAUAUUGAUGUUUUAUUUCUAUGCAAUGAUUUGGUCUAAUGAAUUCGUCCAUUUAGAUUGUAUCCAUGUGAGAUAAUGCUAAAUAAAAAAUAAAAGGAAGAGACGAA